AAGAAGUUAAUCCUCACUGAAAAGUUACGCUAGAUAGCUAGAAAAACAAGAGCUGCCCAUUCUAGUUUCAAUGUAAGAUCAAUAUUUCUCACAUAUUCUGUAAUUUUUCCUUAGGUUAACAUUAGUAGUGGGAUUAUUUGUCCACGUCCACCAGCUCGUGUGUAAACAAAUCAAUUUGAGCUAACGUUAGCUAGCUUGCUUACGAAGUUACCCAUUAAAACGGCUAGCCAAGCUAACUGGCUUUCUGCCAUACCGACAAACCUUCCAUGUCGGAACCCAAGUCCCCGGGUUCUUACUGUGGUGUUCCAGCACAGAGAAGCUCACAGUGGGGUCCAGAGAUGGUCUUAGUGAAGCUGGAGGACUGCAGUCAACCACUGGAACUCAAUGUGAUAGUCAAAGAGGAGGAGAGGGAAGUCAAGGAAGAGGUAGAGAUUAAAGAGGCGGAGGACAUGGCCCUCAAAGAGGCGGCGGAGGACAUGGCCCUCAAAGAGGAGGCGGAGGACAUGGCCCUCAAAGAGGAGGCGGAGGACAUGGCCCUCAAAGAGGAGGCGGAGGACAUGGCCCUCAAAGAGGAGGCGGAGGACAUGGCCCUCAAAGAGGAGGCGGAGGACAUGGCCCUCAAAGAGGAGGCGGAGGACAUGGCCCUCAAAGAGGAGGCGGAGGACAUGGCCCUCAAAGGGGAGGCGGAGGACAUGGCCCUCAAAGAGGAGGCGGAGGACAUGGCCCUCAAAGAGGAGGCGGAGGACAUGGCCCUCAAAGAGGAGGCGGAGGACAUGGCCCUCAAAGAGGAGGCGGAGGACAUGGCCCUCAAAGAGGAGGCGGAGGACAUGGCCCUCAAAGGGGAGGCGGAGGACAUGGCCCUCAAAGGGGAGGCGGAGGACAUGGCCCUCAAAGGGGAGGCGGAGGACAUGGCCCUCAAAGGGGAGGCGGAGGACAUGGCCCUCAAAGGGGAGGCGGAGGACAUGGCCCUCAAAGGGGAGGCGGAGGACAUGGCCCUCAAAGGGGAGGCGGAGGACAUGGCCCUCAAAGAGGAGGCGGAGGACAUGGCCCUCAAAGAGGAGGCGGAGGACAUGGCCCUCAAAGAGGAGGCGGAGGACAUGGCCCUCAAAGAGGAGGAGGAGGACAUGGCCCUCAAAGAAGAGGAGGCGGAGGAGAGGGUGGUCACAGAAGUGGAGAACAGGGAAGAAGUAGAUGGUAACACUGACCCAGGAGAGAUCUCCAACCCAGUUUCAGACAGUGAGCACAGUUCCACAGCAUCAGGAAACAAUAAACAACACAGACGGAAGAACUCAAGACAGAAACAUCACCACUGCAUGGACUGCUUCACUAGUUUCUAUGAGCCAGAGGAGUUGAGAAGGCACACUUGUAGGCCCCACCCCUGCUCAGAUUGCAGAGGCAGCUUUAUUUGUCCAAUUCACCUCAAAUCAAAACAGACUCAAAAAACGAUUAUGACAUACCCGUGUGGUCAAUGUGAGAAGAUAUGUGAAACACCAAGCAAACUCAAGACGCACCAGAUAACUCACACAGGAGAGAAGCCAUACCACUGCACCGUUUGUGGAAAGGGUUGCAGUCAUUCGGAUCAACUAAAGACACACCAGAGAACUCACACAGGAGAGAAGCCUUACCAUUGCUCCCAAUGUGGAAAGAGUUUCAGUCAGUUAUCUACUCUGAGAAAACACCACCUAACUCACACAGGAGAGAAGCCUUACCUCUGCUCUCAUUGUGGGAAGAGUUUCCGUCAGUUAGCCAACCUAAAUGCACACCAGUUAAUUCACACAGGAGAGAAGCCAUACCACUGCUCUCAGUGUGGGAAGGAUUUCAGACAUCCAAGAGACUUAAAGUCACACCAGAGAACUCACACAGGAGAGAAGCCUUACCACUGCUCCCAAUGUGGAAAGAGUUUCAGUCAGUUGUCAACUCUGAAAAAACACCAGCUAACUCACACAGGAGAGAAGCCUUACCUCUGCUCUCAAUGUGGGAAGAGUUUCAGCAGGUUAUGUGAAAUGAAGGCACACCAGAUAGCUCACACAGGAGAGAAGCCUUACCACUGCUCUCAAUGUGGGGAUAGUUUCACCAGUUUAUAUUUCCAAAAGAAACACCAGCUGAUUCACACAGGGAAAAAGUCAUUUCACUGCUCCCAGUGUGGGAACAGUUUCAGUCAAUCAUCAACUCUGAAGACGCACCAGAUAACUCACACAGGAGAGAAGGCCUUCCACUGCCGUCAGUGUGGCAAGAGUUUCAGUCAUUUAUCAACUCUGAAGACUCAUCAGAUAACUCACACAGGAGAUAAGCCUCACGUCUGCUCUCAGUGUGGGAAGAGUUUCAGUCUGGUAGGAAACCUUAAGCGACACCAGCUAUCCCACACAGUAGAGAAGCCUUAGUGUUGCUCUCAUUGUGGGAAGAGUUUCAGUCAAUCAUCAGCUUUAAAGAAACACCAGAGAACUCACACAGGAUAAAAGCUGGGUCAUUAAAUCUGAAGACACCAAUUUGCUCACAUAGGGGAUAAGCCUUAACUCUACUAUUAAUGUGGUGGUAGUUUCACCAGUUUAUAUUUCCCCCCAAAAACACCAGCUGUGGAAAGGUUCUGUAAUGAAUGAAAUGUUCUGUGUGCAUCUUAUCUUUGGUGUCCUAAACUCGUAAUUGUGCAUCUACGUUUGACUGUGACCUCUCCAGCUUGCUGACAAUAAAGGGUGAUUCAUUUUAAUAUUGA